AGUGACCAAGCGCACUCCUGGACACUAGCUACAAGCCAAGCUUUCGAUGUUGUCUGGAAGAUAACGAAGGGCUUCGUGAUGGGGGCGGUUUCGUUUCUGGCAGCUGCACUCUGCUACUUCAGGAGGCUGCAUUUAUAUUUAGGGCACUGGCUGAAAUGGUGGAUUGGCUAUCUUCAGAGAAAAUUCAAAAGGAACCUCAGCGUGGAGGCGGAAGUUGAUUUACUCAGUUAUUGUGCAAGAGAGUGGAAAGGAGAGACGCCCCGUGCUAAGCUGAUGAGGAAGGCUUAUGAGGAGCUGUUUUGGCGACAUCAUAUUAAAUGUGUCCGGCAAGUAAAAAGGGAUAACUACGAUGCUCUAAGAUCAGUGUUAUUUCAGAUAUUCAGCCAGGGCCUCUCUUUUCCAUACUGGAUGAAAGAAAAAGACAUUGUUAAGCUUCCUGAGAAACUGCUAUUUUCACAAGGUUGUAAUUGGAUCCAGCAAUACAGUUUUGGUCCUGAGAAGUAUACAGGUUCGAACGUGUUUGGGAAAUUACGUAAAUGUGUGGAGUUACUGAAAAUGCAGUGGACUGAAUUCAGCGGAAUUAAAGAUUAUCACAAGAGAGGAAGUAUGUGCAACGUCCUUUUUUCGGAUGCCAUUCUGGAAUAUAAACUUUAUGAAGCUUUAAAAUUCAUCAUGCUCUAUCAAGUCACUGAGGUUUACGAGCAAAUGAAGUCUAAAAAGGUCAUUCCCAGUCUUUUCAGAGUCCUGUUUUCCAGGGAGACAUCCUCUGAUCCUUUGAGCUUCAUGAUGAAUCACCUGAAUUCUGUGGGUGACUCGUGUGGACUCGAGCAGAUUGAUAUGUUUAUACUUGGAUACUCCCUUGAAAUAAAGAUAAAAGUGUUCAGACUCUUCAAAUUUAACUCCAGAGACUUUGAAGUCUGCUACCCAGAGGAGCCUCUUCGGGAGUGGCCAGAGAUCUCCCUGCUGACUGAGAAUGACCGCCACUAUCACAUUCCUGUCUUCUAAGUGACUCGCCAGUGACAGUGGUCAUAUUUGUGAUGAACAUGGUCCCGAAAACCAGAGUUGACGUUUCAGCCUUGGAAGGAUUUAGAGCCUUUUUCUUCAAAAUUUCAGGUACACUGGAUGGAGUAGUGCAGAUGUUUUCCCUUAGUUUUAAAGUGAUUUUCUCCAGAGUAGCUGCGCUGACGUAUUUGGAGGUUGGUGUUUUUGACCUCGUUUGGGAGGAGUCGGUCAAUCACACGUGGCAGGCCUUUAAGAAUCUAAGGAAGUUUCGUGGUCCACAUCAGGAAAAAGGAAGAAAACAAACAUGUAGGGAACCACAGCUAGCCUGGAAAUUAUUUAUUUAUUUCUGACAUUCAUUUGAGAAUCUCAUCUUGGGCUGAUUUUGGGUCAUCAAAAAUAUGACAUUAUUUUAUAAGUGUUAUCUUCAUCUUCCCAGGAAUCUUUGUUGUAUAUUAAUUUUUUAGAACCACUCGAUUAACUUUAAGAUGGUGCAUAUAUAAAUGUGUAUGUGUGUGUAUAUAUAUAUACACAUACACAUAUAUAUGCACACACGUAUGUAUAUAUGUAUGGUUUUAUGUAAACAUAUAUAUAUAUACACACACACCUGUAGACAUACACACACAUAACCACUACUUUGUAAUGUUGUACAGUCUAUUUUAUAUAUCUUUACAUUUUUUGUUACUGUUGUAUCUGACUAGCUUAAUGGAUUUUAUUUAGAUAAAAAGGUAAAUGUUCAGAUCUGUACCUUGUAGAUCAAGACAAUUGAAUCACAAUUAUUGGUCUGUCACAAAAAUAUUAAACUGGCAUAUUUCUAA